UGUUGCUACCAAAUUACAAACCAACCAUUUUUCUUUUUCUCUUCCAAAUUUUUCAUGGAGAGUUCAAUGAACAAUGCCUUCAUUAUGGGCAAACAUGAAACGGCGACGUUUACAGGCGACCAAAAUCCGGAAGAAAGUAGCUGGACGAUGUACUUUGAGGAUUUCUUCGAGGCUUCUUCAAGCAUAGUUGACGUCGGAGAUUGCAGCUCUUCUUCCGUCUCCGAUGCAGCGUCGUUUGUGGCCACUAAGAAGACCCUCCACGUGUCGAAGCAAGAAGGAUCUAAUUUGGACAUCAAGAGGACAAGAAACAGAGAGAUUCCUUUUGGUCGUCGUCAUGAUCUUGAAGACACUGCCUCUUCUCCUUCUCAUAGCCCUAACGUCUAUAGCAUGAUGAACCUACAGGACAACAACACUAGAUACCGGGGUGGUAUUAUGGGUGAUGACACAAAUAAUGAGAAAAGAGAAAGUGCAGUGCAAAACCAAGGUGGAUUAUCAAUAGACUUGAAGAAAAAGGGGCUUUGUUUAGUUCCUUUGUCUAUGGUCACCAAUUUCCUUGGUUGAUUAUAAAUAACAAUCCUUAUU